AUCCCCCUUUAUCCGCGUGAAGUGAGCCCACACAGACACAGAAUUGGUGGUUUGUAGGGUUAAUUACCCAAACAAUCACACAUUUAUGCGAUUUAACUAUGGCCAUGCCUGGCAGACGUCCCAAUUACACCUUGUUGACUCAGAUUCCCGACGACGAUCACCUCCAACCGCCACAACCUCCUCCGCCCUCCAUGUUUUCCGGCGGUACCGGUAGCGGUGGAUACGACUCAUCUCAUCACUCUCACUCCGGGGAAAAGAAGAGGAACGAAAGAGCUGGAUUUGAUUGGGAUUUGAUGAACUUGUCAACUGAUCAGAGGAUGCAGCAGAAUCGCCAGCCGGGUUUUCCGGCCUCGAUCGGUGGCUUGCAGAGACAAUCCAGUGGGAGUAGUUACGGUGAGAGCUCUAUAUCCGGCGAUUACUUUGUUCCGUCAUUGUCGGCGGCGGUGAAUAGUGGCGGUGAUCCCGAUGCAUAUUCUCACUUGCCUGAUGGAGGUGGUGGUGACGUGUUGAGGCUGAAGUCGUCGGAGGCUACUGGUGGUGGUGGAGGGGGAGGGUCUUAUUCCUCGAAAAGUUGGGCACAACAAACGGAGGAGAGUUACCAAUUGCAGUUGGCUUUAGCGCUACGUCUUUCAUCGGAAGCUAUGUGUGCUGAUGAUCCUAAUUUACUGGAUCCUGUGACGGACGAAACAGCAGGGUCGAGGUCGUCUGGCUCUUCUACUACAUCUGCAGAAGCUUUGUCACAUCGAUUCUGGGCAAAUGGCUGUUUGUCAUAUUUUGACAAAGUCCCUGAUGGGUUUUACUUGAUAUAUGGAAUGGAUCCAUAUGUAUGGAUGAUGUGCUGUGAUAUAAAAGAAAGCGGGCGAAUUCCAUCACUUGAGUUGCUGAAGGCCAUUGAUUCUGGCAGUGAAUCUUCAAUUGAAGUGAUUUUGAUAGACCGACGUAAUGAUCCCAGCCUCAGGGAACUACAAAACCGGAUUCAUAGCAUUUCCUGUACUAGCAUAACCACAAAAGAGGUUGUUGACCAACUUGCAAAGCUUGUCUGCAAUCGGAUGGGGGGUGCAACUUUAACCGGAGAAGAUGACUUGGUUUCAAUGUGGAAGGAGUGCAGUGAGGAUCUCAAGUAUUGUCUAGGAUCUGUCGUACUUCCAAUGGGUAGCCUCUCUGUUGGCCUUUGCAGACAUCGGGCUCUACUAUUUAAAAUUUUAGCCGACACGAUUGAUUUACCAUGUCGAAUUGCCAAGGGUUGCAAAUAUUGUAAAAGAGAUGACGCCUCAUCUUGCCUUGUCCGUUUCGGCGUUGACAGGGAGCUCCUUGUUGAUCUGAUUGGGAAUCCGGGAUGCCUCUGUGAGCCUGACUCUCUACUAAAUGGUCCAUCUACGAUCUCAAUUUCUUCCCCGUUGCGCUUUCCACGUUUUAGACAAGUUGAACCCAUGGUUGAUUUCAGGUCACUAGCCAAACAAUACUUUGCUGAUUGUGACUCUUUGAAUCUUGUAUUCGAAGAUCCAUCUACUGGUGAUGGAGAUACUGGGGAUGCCGUUUAUCCUAAGCAAUCUGAUAAAAAUCAUGCUGACAUCAAUAUUGCUAUGCGUAGUCCAAGCAACAGCAAUGAAGGCUCUCGUUUACCUCCUUCCAAAGCUGCCCGCCCCAAAGGUCAUGAUAGAAGUUCACAGCUUCCCAAGGCAUAUCCUCAGAAUGUCAUAGGCACAACAAAAAUGGUUAACGAUAUCUCUUUGCAACAUGUGGGCCCAACUGGGCAUAGGGAUUCCCAAUCAUAUGUAUUAUCUAAUACAAGGAUGGAGGUGGCUAAUAAUCAGAGGUUUGAGGGGGGUCAACUUGUUCCACAUAAGGCAAGUGGAGAUUUUACUCUUGAUGUGGAAGAUUUGGACAUUCCUUGGAGUGAUCUGGUUCUAAAAGAGAGAAUAGGAGCAGGUUCUUUUGGUAUUGUUCAUCGGGCUGAUUGGAAUGGCUCUGAUGUUGCCGUAAAAAUUCUUUUAGAACAAGAUUUUCAUCCGGAGAGGUUGACAGAAUUCUUACAGGAGGUUGCAAUAAUGAGACGCCUGCGGCAUCCAAAUAUUGUUCUUUUUAUGGGUGCUGUCACUCAGCCACCGAACCUGUCAAUUGUCACAGAAUAUUUGUCAAGAGGUAGUUUGUAUAGACUGUUGCACAAAUCUGGUGCGAAAGAGGCCUUGGAUGAGCGGCGACGACUGAGUAUGGCUUAUGAUGUGGCAAAAGGAAUGAAUUACCUCCACAGACGCAAUCCUCCUAUUGUUCACAGGGAUUUGAAAUCUCCAAAUCUUUUAGUAGACAGGAAAUACACAGUGAAGGUCUGUGAUUUUGGCCUUUCAAGGUUAAAAGCAAACACGUUUCUUUCAUCCAAGACUGCAGCAGGAACACCGGAGUGGAUGGCACCAGAAGUUCUUCGUGAUGAACCUUCGAACGAGAAAUCAGAUGUGUACAGCUUUGGGGUGAUUUUGUGGGAGCUUGCCACUUUGCAGCAACCUUGGGGUAAUCUAAAUCCAGCACAGGUUGUGGCAGCUGUAGGCUUUAAAUGCAAGAGGCUUGAGAUUCCUCGAGACGUCAACCCUCAAGUAUCAGCAUUGAUUGAAGCCUGCUGGGCCAAUGAGCCAUGGAAGAGGCCUUCCUUUUCAGCCAUCAUGGACACUUUGAGACCAUUAACGAAACCUGCUACCCCACAAACAAGUCAAACAGACGUUCUGUUACUUACAUGAAGGUGCCCAUUGGAGAUUUUCACAACUCAUACUUGUGGAAUCCUUCACAACGUAAUUCUCUGGUUAAUUGCUGUACAUAUGUUUCCGGUUUGCCAAUUAAGUGUACCGGAAUUUUAUUUUGAUUGCAACGCAAGAAAGACGGUGGAAGAAGAAAACCCCAAUCCUUUUGUUUCAAGGUAUAAUUUUGUAUUGUUUGUUGUAAUGAAAUAAUCACAUCACAGCUUAUAUAUAUGUAGGAGGAAUCAACUUUUUAGGCAUUACCAUUACGUACAUGCCCCUUUCGGUAUUACAGAAAUUCUUUCAACUACAAAACACCACCGCAACGCAACCCGUUUGAGUCGGAAAAAAAACAAGUAUCGAAAGGUUACUUUUAAAGUUGUGGGUCAUCUUUUAGACCCAAAAAGGAGUAUAGUUUUACACAAUGAACAUGAUGAGAUGCGUUUUGAAUGCUACUCGUACCAAAUGGUUGCUCAAGC